UCGUCUCAGCGGCUUCAGGAGACUUCGGCUCCGCUCGGAGAAACAGCAGCGGACUUUAUGGUGGAGAGCCGUUUUACCUUUUUACCUUUUUCUGGGGACCGGCUGUAUGAUUAAGCUACAAUCUUCAAUGAGUAAGCAUAUCCCACAGUUCUGUGGUGUUCUGGGUCACACAUUUAUGGAGUUUCUGAAGGGCAGUGGGGACUACUGCCAGGCUCAGCACGCUGCCUAUGCAGACGAGUGAACAGCCAAACUCGCCAUCGAUCCGACGCACUUGAGCCACAGGAGGGACCCCGGAGAGUUGGCAGGACCGGGACGCCUCCCAGAACCAGCGACAACUCGGCCUGGAUGGGGUAACUUCACCCGCUGCACACUGCCCUCGUCGGCUUCCGCCUGGCCAGAAUCAAGGUGGAACCAGCCUUGUUUUUUUUUCCUUCCUUUUCUUUUGUUUUAUUCCAAAGGAGAGGGUUUUGAGUUGUUUCUCUGAUUGUCCGCCCUUUUUAUCGGCCGCCAACCACCCAAAUUUCCCCAUUUUUGCCCGUCGCAGCCUUCGUAUUUUUGUUUAGCCUUGCCAACCUCAACGGAGGGAAGAGCGGAGGAUUUCUGUUUCUGGGUUUCUAGAAGCGAGUUUUUGUUUGACAUUCCCUCCGAGUUCUAACUCCGUGUUUACAUCAGUGUUUUUACUCUGUGGAAGACUUUUAUUUUUUUUACAUUGUCACGAUGGCUCGUAUGAACAGACCCGCCCCUGUGGAGAUCACCUACAAAAACAUGAGGUUCCUCAUUACCCACAAUCCCACCAACGCCACCCUGAACAAGUUCAUUGAGGAGCUGAAGAAGUAUGGAGUAACCACCGUUGUGAGAGUUUGCGAGGCCACCUAUGAUGCCACCUUGGUCGUGAAAGAAGGAAUCCAAGUUCUGGAUUGGCCGUUCGACGACGGAGCUCCUCCCUCCAACCAGAUUGUUGAUGAUUGGCUGAACCUGUUGAAGCUGAAGUUCAGGGAGGAGCCUGGCUGCUGCAUCGCUGUUCACUGUGUGGCAGGGCUGGGGAGAGCUCCUGUUCUGGUGGCACUCGCCUUGAUCGAAUGUGGGAUGAAAUACGAAGAUGCUGUCCAGUUCAUUCGACAGAAGCGCCGGGGAGCGUUCAACAGCAAGCAGCUGUUCUACCUGGAGAAAUAUCGUCCAAAGAUGCGCCUGCGCUUCAAAGAUUCCAACGGCCAUCGCAAUAACUGCUGCAUCCAGUAGAGCCAAACCGUGAGCCACGCCAACCCCUACAUCAUCCAUGAGAAGAGCUGAAUCCAACCUCGCUGGCUUCUUACCUGGCAGGCUUGUUCUUUUAGUCAUUGUGUUGAAGUAUUUUAUUUUUUUAAAUGUCCCCUUUUCCUGCUCCCGGUUCAAACCAAGUGUCAUAAAAAAAGAAAGUAAUCGAUUUGUGUGAGCCGGAGUCGCCGUGUUUCUCUUUAUGUGCCCAGAAAAAAAAAAAAAUACGAUGAGAGAGGGCAGCGCAGAGUCGUGUAUCGUGUAAGAUGUUGGAUUAGUUGUUUUCUGCAUCCCAAAGAUUCUGAUUGGCCAGUUUACAUCUACUGAGAAUGUGCUCAAAAUUAAAAACGUUCCUUUCCCAUUAGAAACCGUUACUUCCCCGUUCCACUAAAGGUUUCUGUUUCCGACUGACUGGACAGAGGUUUGCCUUCUUCACAUGCGAUGGUUCAUCCAUAAAUGCCUUACAAUCGAAGUGGAACAAAGGCAAUCGAGGCGGGCGUCGACCCCCGCCUGCGUUCAGAAAAAGGUGUUUCAUUUUUCUACUCGGAACAAAAAAACAAUCGUUGCCUUUGUCUGUGCAGGAAGUCUUACACUCACUUAUGCCCUUUCAGUACCUAUUUUUAAUAUGAAACGCUUAAUCGUUGCAAUAUUUAUUUGUCAAUUGAAAGUCUAGGAACUUCUUUUCUCUAUCAAACCUUCUGUUUACUAAUUAACUGCCAUGUCCAAAAUGUGAUUUAUUUUUCUGUUUUUAAUUUUUCUUUAUUAUUUUGCUUCAGACUGGACUUCCAACGUCUGCGAUAUUUUGUAUGCCUUUUUAUUUGAUGUCCGUAACUUAAAACUUGGAUACUUGAUGAUUUUAUGUAUUUGAAAAUGUGUACUAUUAUUAUUAGGUUGGCUAUUUAUACUAUCAAUGGAUGUGUGAUUUAGUACCGUGAGAGACAAAGUUGUACCUGUUCACCAACUUGUGAGAGUACAUUAAAUGAUACACUGAAAAACAUCAA